AAAUUUCUACCCGAAAAUGUCACCAAUUCAAAGAAUAGAGUUUUCCGAAAAGAUAUGCAAUCGAGAUCUCAACGGAUAUGUUCUUUAUUCAACAGAAAGUGCAUGGAUUUGGGUUGGAGAAAGUAAAAUCGAUUCAAUCGGGCUUGCACAUUUUCCAAACUUCACAAUGCUCGUCGAUGGAGAGAAUACGCAACGAGAAUUCAUUAAAUCAACUACUCUUCGGUUAACAAAAACAUCGAGAUUCACACAGGUAUUCUUCACAACAGACAUCGAAUGCGAAGAAGGUCUAUUCUGGAAGGCUCUCAAUGACAAUAUGAUGGAAAAACUGAACGCCCUGAACACGAACUAAUUUUUUAAUUUUUUGUUAAAUUUUUAGUAUAUUGCCUGAAAGUUCCGUACGGGUUUUCAUAGAAUAAACAUAUAUUUUUAAGU